UGAGGUUCUGACGAGAGGAUGGAGGGGCUGGUUGCUCAGUGCUCGGCGCGGCUCUUGCAGCAGGUUAGGUCCGGGCUCAAGUUGGGCAGAGUAGGGGGAGAAUUACGUGGCCGAGGAAGUUAGCCCGUCUCCGGAGCUGAACGCGACCGGCUGGGGGCUGUCCCGCUGGAGCCGGACCGAGACUGGGGUGUAGGGGAGGAUCUCGGACUGCUCAGGAGACGGGCAUAGAAGAAACCGGACUCUUCCUCAGCCGGGAGUGGGGCGGGGCGUUCAGGAGAGCCCCUGGCCUUCGAUACUUUACUUUUUUCCCGAGAUCCACCAUUCCCUGUCAAGUCCAGGAGACCAGGGCCUUUUUGAGGGUGUGGGUCUUCUCUCAACAACUGAAUGUUACCGAGAAUUCCUCACAUCCUCACCUCCUGCGGAAUCGGCCCAUCCACAGUUUUAGGAGUUAAAAGUUUAAAAAAAAAAAAAAAAAAAAAAAAGGAAAUUGGUCCAGGAAUGGAGAUAAUCCUGGAGACAGAAGGGGAGAAAGAGAUUAAGUUUCUGACUGCUGAAAUUGAUAGAUUGAAAAACUUUGGAUGUACAGAAAUUUCUCCUAGUUUAGAGCAGUUGCGAGAAGAAAAUUCAAAACUUAAAUAUCGUUUGAACGUACUCCAAAAGAGUCUUCAAGCUGAAAGGAAUAGACCAACUAAAAGCAUGAUUAACAUCAAUAGUCGCCUACAAGAACUCUUUGCUUAUGCUAUUAAGGUUGCUUAUCCAGAUUUGGAAAAUCCUCCCCUGAUUGUCACACCAAGUCAGCAACCAAAAUUUGGGGAUUAUCAAUGUAAUAGUGCUAUGGGCCUCACAAAGAUGCUGCUCAAAACCAAGGAAGAAAAAAUUAACCCAAGAGAUAUCGCAGAAAAUAUUGCCAAACACCUUCCAGACAAUGAAUAUAUAGAAAAAUAUGAAAUUGCUGGUCCUGGUUUUAUCAAUGUUCACCUAAGAAAAGAUUUUGUAUCCAAACAACUAACUAAACUUUUGAUAAACGGGGUACAACCACCUGCUCUUGGAGAGAGAAAAAAGGUUAUAGUCGACUUUUCUUCACCAAACAUAGCUAAAGAGAUGCAUGUAGGCCAUCUUCGGUCAACAAUUAUAGGAGAGAGCAUGUCCCGACUCUUUGAAUUUGUAGGUUAUGAUGUACUCAGGUUAAAUCAUGUGGGAGACUGGGGGACGCAGUUUGGUAUGCUCAUCGCUCACCUACAAGAUAAAUUUCCAGAUUACUUAACUGUUUCACCUCCUAUUGGUGAUCUUCAGGCCUUUUAUAAGGAAUCCAAGAAGAGGUUUGACACUGAGGAAGAAUUCAAGAAGCGAGCAUAUCAAUGUGUAGUUCAACUCCAAAGUAAAAUGCCGGAUAUCACAAAAGCUUGGAAUCUCAUUUGUGAUGUUUCUCGCCAAGAGUUCAAAAAAAUCUAUGAUGCUUUAGAUAUUUCCAUAAUAGAGAGAGGGGAAUCAUUCUAUCAAGAUAGGAUGACUGAUAUUGUCAGAGAAUUUGAGGAGAAAGGAUUUGUGCAGGUGGAUGAUGGGAGGAAGAUUGUAUUUGUCCCAGAAUGCUCAAUUCCGUUAACAAUAGUAAAAUCAGAUGGAGGAUAUACUUAUGAUACAUCCGACUUAGCUGCUAUUAAGCAAAGAUUAAUGGAAGAAAAAGCAGAUAUGAUUAUCUAUGUUGUAGACAGUGGACAGGCUUUACACUUCCAAACAAUAUUUGCAGCAGCUCAGAUGAUUGGAUGGUAUGACCCUAAAGUAACCCGUGUAAGCCAUGCUGGAUUUGGUGUAGUGCUAGGAGAAGACAAAAAAAAGUUUAAAACUCGCUCAGGUGAUACAGUGCGCCUCAUAGAUCUGUUGGAGGAAGGACUGAAAAGGUCGAUGGAUAAAUUGAAAGAAAAAGAAAGAGAUAAGGUAUUAACUCUGGAGGAAUUGAAGGCUGCUCAAACUUCAGUGGCUUUUGGCUGCAUCAGAUAUGCUGAUCUUUCCCACAACAGGAUGAAUGACUACAUUUUCUCCUUUGACAAAAUGUUGGAUGACAGAGGAAAUACAGCUGCCUACUUGCUCUAUGCCUUCACUAGGAUAAGAUCUAUUGCCCGAUUGGCUAACAUUGAUGAAGAGAUGUUACAGAAAGCAGCUAAAGAAACUAAGAUCAUUUUGGACCAUGAGAAAGAAUGGAAACUAGGCCGGUGCAUUUUACGUUUUCCUGAGAUUUUGCAGAAGAUUUUGGAUGACUUGUUUCUCCACACACUCUGUGAUUACCUCUAUGAAUUAGCAACCACCUUUACAGAAUUCUAUGAUAGUUGUUACUGCGUGGAAAAAGACCGACAAACUGGUGAAAUAGUGAAGGUGAAUAUGUGGAGGAUGUUACUUUGUGAAGCAACUGCAGCUGUCAUGGCUAAAGGAUUUGAUAUCCUGGGUAUAAAACCUGUUCAGAGGAUGUGAUAAAGCUUGUGUUUGAGACAUUUUGUAUUUUUACAAAAAUGGCCACUAGCACUCUUUGCUUUUUUAUAAUCAUGUGGAGAAGAUAUUUUAAAAAUAAAGGAAAAUUGCAACUUUCUCUACAAAA